UACAGCAGGAUUGGUCGCGAAGACAACUACUGGUGUCACAUGCGCAAUUCUUGAAGAAAGUGGAGUAUAAAUAUAAAGUUUGGCUCCUUCCACUUCUUCGCUAGUGCUCAAACCAUAAGCAUGGCGGCCAAAGGUAUCUGGCUGUGUUUUUUUAUUAUUGCAUUAGCAUAUGCGCAAGAUGAAGAUCAAGUAGAAGGUGAUCCAACUGCUGAAGAGCUUUGUGAGAAUAGGCCAGCUGAUGAAUACUUCAGAUUAUCAACCGAUGGAGACUGCAGGGAUGUUGUCAGGUGUGAUAGAAAUAGUGAUAAUAAUGGUGCUACGAGAUUGGCGUCAGUGAAAUGCCCUGCAGGUCUAGCUUUUGAUAUCGACCGGCAAACAUGUGACUGGAAAACCCAUGUUAAAAAUUGUGAUAAAUUAGAAAAACCUAGGAAAGUACUUCCAAACUUCAAGACCGACGAACCGAUUUGCCCAGAAGGGAAAUUGGCUUGUGGAAACGACGAGUGUAUCGACAAAGAACUGUUUUGUAAUGGAAAACCAGACUGUAAAGACGAGUCAGAUGAAAACGCUUGCACUGUCGAAACUGAUCCAAACAGAGCUCCAGACUGUGACCAAUCCCAAUGUGUCCUACCAGACUGUUUCUGCUCAGCGGACGGUACCAGAAUCCCUGGUGCUCUUGAACCAGCGAACGUGCCACAAAUGAUAACCAUAACCUUCAACGGUGCCGUCAACAUAGACAAUAUCGACCUUUACGAAGAGAUAUUCAACGGACAACGUACAAACCCUAACGGAUGUCAAAUCAAGGGAACCUUCUUCGUCUCCCACAAAUACACCAACUACUCCGCUGUGCAAGAUUUACACAGGAAGGGUCACGAGAUCGCUGUGUUCUCCCUGACAGCCAAGGAAGAUCCAAACUACUGGUCUCAAGGUAGCUACGACGACUGGUUAGCUGAGAUGGCUGGUGCAAGAUUGAUUGUAGAACGUUUCGCCAAUAUCUCAGACGGUUCUAUUAUCGGUGUUAGGGCGCCUUUCUUGAGAGUUGGAGGUAACAAACAGUUCGAGAUGAUGGCAGAUCAAUUCUUCGUCUACGACGCUUCCAUCACCGCCUCCCUUGGACGCGUUCCAAUCUGGCCCUACACCCUCUACUUCAGAAUGCCCCACAAGUGUAACGGAAAUGCCCACAACUGUCCCAGUAGAAGCCAUCCAGUAUGGGAGAUCGUGAUGAACGAAUUGGACAGACGUGACGACCCAACUUUCGACGAAUCCUUACCCGGUUGUCACAUGGUUGACUCCUGUUCCAACAUCCAGACCGGAGAACAAUUCGCCAGACUCCUAAGGCACAACUUCUACCGUCACUUGAACAGCAACCGCGCUCCCCUGGGUCUCAACUUCCACGCCACCUGGCUGAAGAGCAAGAAGGAACUCAAGGAAGAACUGAUCAAAUUCAUCGAAGAAAUGCUUGCAAGAAACGACGUUUACUUCGUGACCAACCUCCAGGUGAUCCAAUGGAUGCAGAAUCCGACUGAAAUCAACGGUCUCAGAGAUUUUGCCGAGUGGAAGGAAAAGUGCGACGUCAAAUCUCAACCCUACUGCUCACUGCCAAAUUCUUGCGCUCUACACACCAGAGAACUCCCAGGUGAAACUCUAAGGUUGUUCACCUGCAUGGAGUGCCCGAACAACUAUCCCUGGAUCCUGGAUCCCACCGGAGACGGUUUCUCAGUUAGGAAAUAAUUUAUUGUAGUUCUAGUAAGAAUUGGAAAAACAGACAUGGGUUCUGAUGCGAAAGACUUGUAAAUAGACGUUUUCAUGUAAUUUUAAUUGUAGAAUUAAAUAAAACCAUACGUGUUGUGUCUUCCAAAUACCGCAGUAUUUGAUAAACAACGUGUUUUAAAUCCA